GAGCCAUAGAGACCCGAUGUCUCAGCUGUUGACCGCCGACUCUCAAAGCCAACUGCGCAUAACAAAGGCGAACCUUGUGCGAGAAAGUUGUCAGUGUCGUGGGACGCGGAUCGCGAUUUGAUAGCGAAUUGGCAUUAAGUGCUUCCAUUGGCGAAAUCGGUUCAACGCGAGUGCCAUGCCAAAUCCCAGCAAGCCCAACGGCGCUAAUCAGUCGACAAACAUUUUGAAUACCUGAAAACCCGAUCCCGACACCUGGAGAACAGCCCCCCAGACCACACCACACGGCAGAGAAUCCAGCACAGAUCCAGCUGUCGAUCGAGUUCCAGGGAGAAUGCUCUUCUCCGCGGUGGUGUUGUGCCAGGUGGAGCGGCUGAUGUGCCUGCCCAUCAGCUUCGCGGUGCUGGGCUUCCUCUUCAUGGCCUGCACCAUGGAGGUGGUGCUGCUCAAGCUGACCACCACGGAUCCGGUGCUCGGACCGCCCGCCGAGGAUUGGGAGGAGAACGGGGGCCCGGAUGGCGAGGAGCAGAUCUACUACGAGAAUCUGGAGAACAACUACGAGUACUGGGCGCGCAGGAGGAUGCGAUUCCAUCGACAGCAGCAACAACAGCAGCAGCAGCAGCAGCAGCAUCUGCCCACUUAGAAGACUUAGGCUAGAAUACAUGUGUAUAUUUUGAAUUAGAUCGGUUUUAAGCGGCUAUACUGACUGAGCAUCUCUCCUACACCUUGUGCUUUCAAUCGCUUUCGUCGGCCUGUGCAGGUUUUUUGAAUGUUUUCGAUGGCCGUGUACGGUUGGCUUUUUCCUUAAAUUAUAUUUGUUUGUUUGUAAGCGAAAUUGCGAAUUUUGCCAUUUGAAUAAGUUGAGCAGCGAUCCGCUGGGCGAUUUCUCAUUUCGAGCACGUACAAGACACCCAGGAAUUCCCUUCUUCUCUCUUGUGUAAGAACUGUAAGUGACUGACAUAAUCCGAAUGCAUAUCGAGGCAGCCGCCAGACGCACUGCCUCUUAGAUUGUAAGAUGUGUGUGAUAGAUGUACAUGUAUACUUUAAGCCAGGCCAUUUCGCCUAAGUUGAUUAAACUCGGUUCGAAGCCCCA